UCCUUAUAUCGAAACCAUGAAACCUGUGUAAGCGCUCAGUAUCAGACAGUGUACCUCCACUAGGUGGCGCUCUUUCAGUGUGAUUAUUGUGAUGUUCAGUCAGUGGUGAUGGUGGGAGGAGCCAGUAAAGCUGCUCAUUACUGAUAAAGAGCUGAAUAAAGAGGAAGUAACUAAAGCAGACAGAUGUAGAGACAGAGAGAUUCACACAGAUAUCAUCCAGCAGAAAGAAGACUGAACUCAACUCACAAUGAAGAUCCUCCUCAUCUUCCUCACUUUCUACCUGAUCUCAGCUGCAGUGAGAUGCUUUAGCGUCACGGGAUAUUCUGGAGGAAGUGUUCUUGUGGAUUCUGGGAAACUUUGGUUCAGUGACUCUGUUAAAUAUAUGGUUAAACAUAACCCAUGGAGAACCAUAAUAAAUUACAAGAAACACAGUGAAUGGACGAGUGAAGGAAGAUUCAUUCUUUUUCGCAGCAAAUAUGGAAAACUCAUGAUAUUCAUCAGAGAACUGAACACACAGGAUGCUGGCAAAUAUCGAAUUAGGGUUCUUGACAAGUGGUAUAUAGAUAUAACUUUGAAUGUGAAAAAAGAUUCAUGCUGUGUGGUGUCGAAGAAAGUAGUGGUAAAGAGUGGAGAAUCUGCCACCUUCAGUUGUGAAUAUUCACAGAAUCAUAUUAAUGAUGCAAAAGUCAUAUUCAAAGAACGACAAAACUCCAUUGACACAUGGAAUGAGGAAGAAAGACUCAGUAUUUCUGAUGACAAACGUAAUAACGUCUUCAGUGUGAGAAUCACUGCUGUGACACCAGAUGAUGGAGGAGUUUAUUUAUGUGGAGUUUGGAUCAAUAGAGACUCAUAUUCCAUUAGUACCGCUGUUCACCUGCACAUUAUGACUAAAGUGGGCGUGUCUAGAGUGAGCGGCUCCUCAGGAGGUCAUUUGAUGAUCAAGUGUGAACAUCCUCAAUACAAAACCAAACCAAAAUACAUCUGUAAAGAAUCAGACGGAUGUUCAGAGAGGAAGAAUCCAGGAGUUCAUGGUGAAUGGAUGGAGAAUGGAGAUGUUUCUUUAUAUGAUGACACCAGAGCAGGAGUCUUGAUGGUGUUUUUUAAGGAGCUGAAAGCUGCAGAUGCAGGAACAUACAGGUGUGGAGUGAAAGUAUCUGACUAUACUGAGAGCUUCACUGAACUACAGCUGAGCAUCAGACACGAUAUAAAGUAUUCAAAGAGUGUGACUGAAUCUGUGUAUCUUGGUGGAGAAGUCAACAUCACCUGUCAGAUCCCAGAGGAGCAUGAAGUUCAUUUCUGCAAAGAGGAUGAUAAUCACAUCUGCCAAACCAUCAUCUCAUCUAAAGUGACAGAAAUGAGUGGUUCAUCAGAGAGAAAUGAAGAGAGAGUUGUUACAGUGAGCUUCAGUAAUGUGAGUGUGAGAGAUGCUGGAGUUUACUGGUGUGGAGCAGAAACCAGAGACACAUAUCUGACUUUCAUCUCCCUGAACACUAAAAUUCAGAUCAGCCUCAUCAUGCCUCUAGUAGUGAGACAUGAAGGAGAAUCUGCUGAGAUCAUCUGCCCUUAUGAUUCAAUCUAUAAAUCAAAGCCAAAGUCUCUCUGUAAGGGGAAGUGCUCCACUAGAGACAGAAAUCCUCUCAGUGAGACUGUGAGAGAAGAGAAAGAGACCAAGACUGGCAGAUUGACUCUGAAUGAUGACGUCACUGUAGGUGUCUUCACUGGGACCAUCACUGGACUGACAGCAGAGGAUGCUGGGAAAUACUGGUGUGCAGUGACAUUAGAAACGGAGCUCAAUUAUCUUUACACUCAUUUGAUCGUCAUCAUGAAUGAGGAGCUGAACUUGACUAAGUAUGAAGGAGACGACGUGUCAAUCCAGUGCAAACAUCAUGAUGAAGAUCAGAAAAGCUUCUGCAAAGCACAUGAAGCCUCCAUGUGUGUGAAGGAUGGAGUUUCAUUGGAGAUGAUCAGAGAUGAUCGAUUCUCUUUCAGUGAUGAAGCAUCUACUGGAGUCUUUACUGUGAACAUCACUGAUCUGAGAGAAGAGGAUUCUGGGAUAUACUGGUGUGGAGCUCACAUCACCACUAAAGUCAGUCUCACUGUAAAAAUGGAUUUCUCUUUGCUGAACAUGAUUUCUUUGUGUUCGACUUUGCUGCUGGUCGGAGGAUUCAGUGUGACUGUGUGUAAAGAUCUUAGGGAUGAGCUCAACAUCAGGAGGUCACAGACAACAGUGAAGUGAUUCUCACUUGUAUUCUGGAGCAGAUAUGAUUUAUUCCUCUACUCCCCUUCUCACAAUCCUCUCGGAUGGCUUCACAUGAUGAUCUGUGAAAGUGCGAUUUGAAGACCAACACUGUUUUACAAGGCAUUGACUUUAAACACUGUUACAUUAACUUUUUCUCUUUAACUCAAUUUGUCUUUGUAAGUUUUGGAUAUUGAAAUAAAGUUUACACACUCUUAAGUUGGUUAAACUUACAGACGGAAGUUCACCUGCUGCCUUAAAAAUGAGAGGAAUAUAUUCUUAAAGAGCCCAACUAAAGCAAACACUUACAUCCAUGGUGGUGACAUCAUUUAACCAAUAAAACAUCAACAUCUGAUUCUCUGUAAUUCUCAGUAACAGCAGGUGUUCAUCACUAAUGCACAAUAACUUGUAAAACACAGCUUUUCAAGUUGAAACAAAGAAUAUCUUUAAGUUGAGUCUGCUC